GAGGCUAGAGAGACCCAGACUUGUCCUCUGGGCCUUCACUUCCGCCGGAAGUGACCUCCAGUCCCCCGUGCCCUUCCCUUUCAGCACGCGCGGGCGCCGGGGACCCGGCACUCGGGGCUCGAGUACGACCACCAUGGCGGCCACCACCCUGCUGCGCGCGACGCCCCUCUUGAGCGGUCUCUGCACCGGCCCGACCUCCCUGCUGCAGGGCCUGUUGCGGCCGCUGAAGGCCCCAGCCCUGCCCCGCUUAUGCCGUGGCCUGGCCGUGGAGGCCAAGAAGACCUAUGUGCGCGACAAGCCCCAUGUGAACGUGGGCACCAUCGGCCAUGUGGACCACGGCAAGACCACACUGACCGCGGCCAUCACCAAGAUUUUAGCCGAGGGAGGUGGAGCCAAGUUUAAGAAAUAUGAAGAGAUUGACAAUGCCCCUGAAGAACGAGCCCGAGGAAUCACAAUUAAUGCGGCUCACGUCGAGUACAGCACUGCUGCCCGCCACUAUGCCCACACAGAUUGCCCAGGUCAUGCAGAUUACGUUAAGAAUAUGAUCACAGGCACCGCCCCCCUCGAUGGCUGCAUCCUGGUGGUGGCGGCCAAUGACGGCCCUAUGCCCCAGACCCGAGAGCAUCUGCUUCUGGCCAGACAGAUUGGAGUAGAGCAUGUUGUGGUGUACGUAAACAAAGCAGAUGCUGUCCAAGACCCUGAGAUGGUGGAGCUGGUUGAGCUGGAGAUCCGGGAACUGCUCACUGAGUUUGGCUACAAAGGGGAAGAGACCCCCGUCAUCGUAGGCUCUGCCCUCUGUGCCCUUGAGCAACGAGACCCCGAGCUAGGCGUGAAGUCUGUGCAGAAGCUGCUGGAUGCUGUGGACACUUACAUCCCAGUACCCAACCGAGACCUGGAGAAGCCUUUCCUGCUGCCUGUAGAGUCCAUUUACUCUAUUCCUGGCCGGGGCACGGUGGUGACAGGUACACUAGAGCGUGGCAUUUUGAAGAAGGGAGAUGAGUGUGAGUUCCUGGGACAUAGCAAGAACAUUCGCACUGUGGUAACAGGUAUUGAAAUGUUCCACAAGAGUCUGGAGAGGGCAGAGGCAGGCGACAACCUGGGGGCCCUGGUCCGAGGCUUGAAGCGGGAGGAUCUGAGGCGUGGCCUGGUCAUGGCUAAGCCAGGAUCCAUCCAGCCCCACCAGAAGGUGGAGGCACAGGUUUAUAUCCUCAGCAAAGAAGAGGGUGGCCGCCAUAAGCCUUUUGUGUCCCACUUCAUGCCUGUCAUGUUCUCCCUGACUUGGGACAUGGCCUGUCGGGUUAUCUUGCCACCAGGGAAGGAGCUUGCUAUGCCCGGGGAGGACUUGAAGCUCAGCCUAAUCCUGAGGCAGCCCAUGAUCUUAGAGAAAGGCCAGCGUUUCACCCUGCGAGAUGGCAACCGGACCAUUGGCACAGGCCUGGUCACCGAGACACCAGCCAUGACUGAGGAAGACAAGAACCUCAAGUGGAGUUGAGUCUGGCCUCUGCUCUGGCUCUAUUGUUGGAAGGCCGCACUGCCCAGCAUUCUCUCCUAGCUCUGAUGCUCCCUCCCCAGAGCAGCCCAGCAGUGCAGCUAGACUGACCCUUCCCUGGUCAGGAGGGGCCCCAGGGCCUGCCAGGUGAGGUAGGUCAAUAAACUGUUCUGUGAAUAGUGA